UCAGUCGCCCAACGAACGCCGAACCAAACGGACGUGUUUUUUCACAUUUAGUUCUUUUUUUUGUGUUCCCAUUCAUUUCUUCUCUUGCCAACCAACGUUAACGAAAGAAAAGGAAUGGGUUUUUUGCAAAUUUGGCAAAAACAAUACGAGUACGGGGAACACACAAGACUCUCGGCCGUUCGAAACUGAUAAGUGCAACUUGUGAAAUUGAUACUGGAGCAUGAGCCCUUGAUUGAAAUGCGCGGAAGUUUCCACUUGUCAAACAGUCGGAGCUAUCAGAGGCGCAGGCCAACCCCAACGCCAACCCACAGGUGUCCAAGUGGUAGUCGACGACGUCGCCACUACAGCUAAUUGUGGGCCAUUAAUUGAUUGGCAGCGAACAGCGAACAGCGCACCACCGGCUCCAUCGACCCGACACGCCCCCCUUUUUUUUCAACGGCGGCAUCCUUCCAAAAAAAAAAACCCAAUUAAAUAAAAACCCAAUAAAGCAAUAAAGUCGAAAUGAAGGGCCAGCAGGAGGAGCAGCUGGUGCCGCCGGCCUACAGGCCCACAGUCAUCAGCAAGGAAAAGGACACGGAAAAGGACCCACCCGCGAAAGAGAAGCCGCUGGGCGAAGGGCGGGUGGCGGUCCUCCGGCAGGAGCUGAUGGUCUUCCUGGGCAACAGCGGCGUCCUCGGAUCCGGAAUGGUGGUCAGCAUGCCCGCCGUCACUCUCACACAGCUCCACGACGAAUCGCAGCCCUUCUGGCUCAACAAGGACGAGUCCAGUUGGUUUGCAUCCAUCCAGAACAUGGCCUGUCCUUUGGGAGGACUUCUGGUCAGCUACUUCCUGGAUCGCAUUGGCCGCAAGUACACCAUCCUGCUGACGAAUUUAAUAGGACUCAUUGGCUGGAUACUGCUGGUGACCAGUUUCAUGCACUCCGAUCGCGACAUGAUCUACUACCAGAUGCUGGUGGGUCGCUGCUUUGGCGGCAUAAUGAUCGGGAUGUUCGUGUCGCCGGUGGGCGUGUAUUCCGCGGAGAUCAGUUUACCCAGCAUACGGGGUCGCUUGAUCCUGGGCACUUCGCUGGGAUUGGCCAGCGGCAUCCUGUUGAUGUACGUCCUGGGGUAUUUCAUACGCCACAACAUCCAGCUGAUAUUCGGCAUCAGUUGCUGCUACCAACUGGUUGCCACCCUGCUCGUCUUCCCCAUGCCGGAAUCCCCCAGCUGGCUGUUGACCAGGGGAAGGGAGGAGCGGGCCAGGAAGUCCCUCAGAUACUUCCGCGGUCUGCCCAAAAAGGAGGUGGACUACGUGCCUGAAUUCGAGACGGAGCUGGCGCACAUGAAGGAGCUGGCGGACUUGAGCAACUCCACCGCCGCGGGGGAGUCCCUCAGCCAGAUGAUCCACCGACCGGAGGUGUACAAGCCGGUGCUGAUGAUGACCACGUUCUUUGGGUUCCAGCAGGCCUGCGGCGUGGUGGUGAUCAUCGUCUAUGCCGUGCAGAUUGCCCAGCAGGCGGGCGUCACCAUAGAUCCCGUCCUGGUGGCGGUGAUGCUGGGCGUGGCAAGGAUCAUCACCACGCUCUUCAUGAGCGGCAUCUUCGAGAAGUGGGGACGCAAGCCGGCUGGGAUUUUCUCGGCCACCGGAAUGGGCUUCUGCAUGCUGCUGUUGGCCGGUGGCAAUUGGUUUCCGGACACACUGGGCACCUGGCAUUGGUUGCCGGUGGCCUGCAUUGUGGCCCACAUCGUGUUCUCCACCAUGGGCAUGCUGACGCUGCCCUUCUUCAUGAUCUCCGAGGUCUUUCCGCAGCGGGCACGCGGCAGUGCCUCCGGCAUAGCCAUCUUUUUCGGCAUGAUCCUGGCCUUCAUCAUGCUGAAGAUCUAUCCGAAUAUGGAGGCGGUACUGGGCACAGCCAAUCUGUUCGCCUUCUAUGCGGGCAUCUCAUUUCUGGCGGCGGCCUUCAUUGGCACCUUUGUGCCGGAAACGAGGGGCAGAACGCUGGAGGAGUUGGAGGAGCGAUGGCAAACUGGCAAAUUCACACGAAGGCUCACGGUCAACAAUCUGAAGGAUGUGGAGCUGCACGAGGUGUUCCUGAAAAAAUAAUUACAGAACAAAAUAUUACUAAUGAAAAACAAAGGACAAAUUUGGGGGUUAUGGCAAUGUUCCACUGACACCUUCGAAUGCAUUCACAAUUAAAAAGUAGAAUUGAUGGGGAUAACUUUUUAAUUCGUUAAUUAUAUUUUGUUAGUAAAUCCACUAACAUAAAAAAAAUGUAAGAUUUCUUCAGUAACAUUCUAAUUUUUGCAACUCAAAUCACUUAAAUUCACUAGUUAAUCCAUUAUUUUUAUAAUUUAAAUGUGAAAGUCGACGAAUUUGGCUGUGGAACUCGCAAUUCCAUUAGGGUAUUCAAUCUGUGAUGUGUUAAGUACUUAGCCUUGGCAGCCAUGGAAUGCGGCAAUUAGAUACACAAUAAAACCAUUUACCAAGUAAA